AUGGCUCCUUCAGCCUCUCCUGCAACCGCUACGACGGUAUACACACCCGUGACAAUAAAAUCAACCAAGUUUAAACACCCCCUAGACCCCUUGACCCCAGAUGAGAUCAAUGCAGUGUCUUUGGCGAUCCGGCUUUACACUACCGCAAAUACACCAAUCAAGGCCGUCCGCUUCAUCACUUGCACUCUUGUCCCACCUCCGAAGAGGGCCGUCCUUGCGGCACUAGGAAUCCCUUUGACACCGGGCGCCCAGCCCGAAGCGCCCACUCCGAUCGUCAGGAAAGCCGAAAGUGAUUUCUUGGACGUCGUCAACGGGGGUACUUUCAACGCUAUCCUGUCUCUUGAUGAUGGCACGUGGAACGUCGAUACCUGCGGGUUAGUCGCAGAGGGCUCAGAACCUCAAAUCUCUCCAGAGGAGCUUGCUUUCUGCGAGCAUGUUGUGCGCAGAGACGCCACAGUUCAAGCCCUUGCGAGAGAAGUCGGAGUGGAACCCCACCAAAUCUAUGCUGACGGCUGGGCCAUCGGUUAUGAUGACCGCUUCCCGAAACAUACUCGCUUGCAACAAGCUUUCGUCUUCGCUCGUUAUUCUGAGCAUGAGAACCUUUAUGCCCACCCAUUGGAUUUCGUUGUAGUCAUCGACUCCCUCGCAGAGAAGGUUAUCCAGAUUGACUUCCCGCCAACCUACAAAAGGACCGAGGAUGGUUCUGUAGAAGUUGGGUGUCUCGAGUACAGAGCCGUGCCCAUUGUCCGAAGACUCUUUCACCGAGUCAAAACGAGAGCGCAUUCCACCCCCUGUCCGGCGGACCCGACUCACAAGCCUCGUGAUGAUAUCAAGCCUCUUCACGUUCUCCAGCCCGAGGGCGUGUCAUUCAAGAUGGAUGGCAAUGUGCUCGAGUGGCAAAAGUGGAAGAUGCACAUCGGAUUCAGCCAUCGUGAGGGUAUCGCACUUUCGACCAUUACCUACAACGACGACGGUGAAAUUCGUCCUGUUAUGUAUCGUCUGUCGCUUGCAGAGAUGGUUGUUCCGUAUGGUGCACCAGAAUUCCCUCAUCCUCGCAAAUUCGCCUUUCGACAGCUUUCCUUGGGCUGUGACUGCCUUGGACAGAUUCACUACCUCCCCGGCGCGUAUGUCACGCAUUCCGGGACUCCGUUUAUAAUCAAGAAUGCGAUUUGUAUUCACGAAGAAGAUGCUGGUGUUCUUUGGAAGCACACUGACUAUCGUCCCGGUGGCCGCCACCAGACAGUUCGCAGCAGGCGUCUUGUUGUCAGCAUGGUCUGCACCCUUGCAAACUACGAGUACAUCUGGAACUAUCAUUUCUAUCAAGACGGUAACAUUGAAAUUGAGAUCCGUCUUACCGGAAUUCUGCAGGUGUAUGUCGCUGCUCAAGACGAACCCAACCCUUACGGUACGACUAUCGCUCCGAGUAUCAACGCACACAACCACCAGCACCUGUUCUCCGUUCGGGUCGACCCGAUGGUCGAUGGCCUCUACAACUCGGUCGUCGAGUCCGACAUCGUCCCUCUCAGCGCCCCCACUGGCUCGAAAGAGAACUUCGCAGGCAACGGUUUCGUUGUGAAGGACAAGGUGCUCAAGUCUCAAGUGCAAGACGGCGCGCGCGACUUCGACUGGGCCCGUGAACGUCGUUGGCGCAUCACCAACCAGGCAAGGACGCAUCAGUCAUCAGGCAGGGAUGCAAGUUAUGCUAUCAUGAUGAAGGGAGGUGUGCUUCCACUUAUGGCGCAUACUGACUCCUGGGUUGCUCGUCGUGCUUCAUUUGCUCACAAGACGUUAUGGGUUGUAAGAGAUAAGGAGGGUGCAGAUGGUAGCAGGAUGUGGCCAAGUGGAAAGUACGUCCCUCAGACGCGUGAGGAGCCUGAGGACUCUGUUGGCAGAUGGGUCAAAGAUGGAAACGGAAGCAUCGAGAACGAGGAUAUCGUGCUCUACCUGACUGUUGGCACGACUCACAUUCCUCGCCCUGAGGAUUGGCCUGUCAUGCCAGUUGAGCACGUUAAUUUGAUGUUCAAACCUAACAAUUUCUUCACGAAGAAUCCGAGCAUGGAUGUCCCAGGAACAAAUGACCCGAUGAGCAAGCCAGCCUUCAAUGGAGCGAAUGGCGCCAACGGCUCGAACGGCGCUUGCUGCUCCCAUUAA